GACAACUGUCAACAAGUUAUUUUGAAGUCGAUGAUGCUUUCCAUAUUUUUUGAGUUUAGAGAUGAAAUUAAAUAAUUCUUAUGAAAAAUGCAGAAUUGACAAAAAUUUAAUAGGAAUAUUUAAAUUGUUUUCCUACCAGUGAGCAAGUGCCUUUAGUUAUUAAGCUAGUGUUAAAAAUGAAGUUCAAAACAAUCAAAGUAUCAACAACAAAAGAUAUUGCAAAUAGAAGUGGCAACCGAAUUGCAAAGCAAAAACUCAAAGAAGCAGCUAAAGAUUUGAAUGAUGUCUUAAAGACUGCGCCCGAGGAAUUUGUAAAAAUCCAUUUGCCCGAACAAAAACCAUCAAGCAUUGUCAAAUACCUUCAUGCUGCCAAACCAAAUACAAGGAGAUCAUUCAAAAACCGGAAACUUAUAGCAAGCACACCUCACAUUAACAAUAAUGCCCUUUCUAAUACCAAUAGACGCACAAAUGACUUUUCUAACGCGGGAUCUUCAAUUUCCAAUAUUUGCGAGGAGUCAGUAGCAAGGAUUAAUCUACCUCCUCCAACAGACAAACAAAUAGAACUUGACGAUUCAGAUUCCGAAAUUGACGAGCCCAAGUUUCGAAAUGGAAAAAGGACAAAUUGCGAACCGGCUCCGAAUUGUUUUCCAAAUAAAAAACGGGAUCCAAUUGAUAGAAUCGAUACGUCGUCAAAUAUUAUUUUUGUUGAUAGUGAUGAGGAUUCUCAACUGUCACGAGCCAAAGCAAAAAGUAGAAUUAAAAGGAAAACUAAAAAGCAGACAACUGUAAAAAAAACAAAUAUUUCAAUGCUGAGCAAUCAAUCGCCCAGUCCAAGAAGAGCUGAACUACUAAUACCUUCAGAAAAUGUAUUGUCACCUCCAAGAGAUUUUGUGAAUAAAACACCUAGGAGUACAGGGCGUGUUAAUUUUACAAAUUUAAGGGACGAUUCUGACAAGGAUGCUUGGGCUAAAAGUUUUGGACUCCUUCCGGUUUCACCACAAGGAACUGAUUUGAUUCCAUCGCCGAGAAAAAAAUAUGACUUGAGAUCUUCAGGGGUUGACACGGAAAAGGCCCAGACAAGUUCUCAUAAUGUUGGACAGCCAGUUGCAAGAAAUUUAUUCAAUGAUCUUCAAGCUGAAAAAUCACCCAUUGACAUCCAAACUAAAAUACAAGAAGACAAAAAUAAUAAAUCUUCAUUGAAACAAGCUAAAGGAAAUUCUAAACAUCCACAAGAGGCUGCAAUAGAAUCAAAGAGUGACGAUCGGCCAAUUAGAAAAAAGAAAGGUCCAAAAGCAACCAAGAAAUCAGUUCAAAGUGUUGGUUCUUCCCCUAAGUUAAAAAUAAUAGAAAACAUAAUAUUAAAGGCAAAGGAAGACAAUGUGAAUAAUUCACCCAAACAAAAUUCAGUUCACACAAAUGACGAAAUUGUACAGACACAGUCAAACAAUGAAAGUGAUGGUCUUCGUUUUAACCUCAUUGAGGAAAUUGAAUCAAGAAAAUUAAAAUUGCUAAUGCCAGCUGCACCACCACCACUAAAGGAAACAGAUCCUAUUAGUGUUGAUGAUUUUGGAAAUAAAGACAUGACCACUAAAGAUCCAAAUAUGAAUGCGGAACCGUCAACUUCAGGGAUUCAUUUGCAAAUGAAUACUCAAGAGACAAAUCAAAAAAGAGGUGAAGUUAGAAAGUCACUUUGGAACUAUAUUUUCCAUGAAUUGGACUCAUAUGCUGACAGAGUCACUCAAAAAGGAGAACAUGUGGCAUCUGACUCAAGCAGUAUCUCCAGAGAAUCUGGGGAAUUAUUCAGCGAGAUGACGUCAACAAGAAAAUCCGCAUCUAACAAACAGAAAAUGCAAAAUUUAAAAAAUACCUUGAAGAAAUUGCCCAGUGUCAAGAAAAAUAGCAAUCUUGUUGACCGACAAAUUCAAACUGAAAGAUUGUUUGCUCCAAUUUUUAGACAAUCAAUAGUUUCAAGAAACAAAAAAUCAAAAUCCAGGAUUUUCAACACUAGCGAUAAAUCACCAAACAUUUAUGACAGUUUAGAACAAGGAAACGCAAUUGACGCUUUAGGAUUUAGUAAUUUUGACGAACCAACGCUUUCUUUCAAACAUAAACCUUUCAGAUUCGACACACCAAGUCGUUCUAUAGGCCGUUUAUCGUGGUCCAAUUCUAAUAUUUACCCAAACUUUUCCGGCGACAGUGACGAUUCAUUUACAAUGGAAAAUAAUCUAUCCCCUAAACCCCACAAUCCUGUCAAAAGUUAUUGUAAAAAUAAAACUGUUGCAAGUACAAAUAGGAGAAAAUCGAAAUUAGUACAACCAAAUCAGAUAUUUAGUAGCUCAGAUUCGUCAGUUUCAAACACUGCAAAUGCUUCUCCAAGACCAAGGACUAGAUAUGUGGCUCGUAUUAAUGACACAAAUAAGAGGAAUUCCAGCAAGAGUCCAACAAUAGUUUUGACUCCAAAUAAAUCAUCCAAUCAGAUACAGGAAACAACAGAAUCUCAAGCAAAUGCUUCUGAGAAAAGACAUAAUAAAUCAGCACACUACGAUAUGAUACUACAUGACACAGCAUUAAAAAGUCCACAACAUAAAAGCUCUAACCCAAAGCAUCCAACAUUAGAGCCACCUCAAUUUUCACGACAAGAUGUUAGGAUCAUGUUAAAUAUAAAGAAUCUCCCCAGCCCAAGGAAUUUGAGCUUUGAAAAACAACAGGAGUUAGAUGAUGAAAAUUCUAAGAGUAAGAGACAGCAAAAUAAGUCUAUCUCAAAACUAAAUCCACUAGCGGAGCCUUUUCAAUCUUUAAUGGAUAAUGAUGAAAUUUCUAGAACUAAGCAAGAUGAUGUUAGUAACAAGUUGACUAAUGAAGUUCUAAGUGUAAGAAAGCAAAAAGACCCAAAACAGGAUUCAAUUCUAGUUGGUGUUGGUAAUAAUUUAGCAAAUAGUUUUAUGGGUGAAGUUCUAGAAAGCUCUGGCAAACAAAAAAAACAAGCAACUUUUGAACAAGUUGCUGUUAGUGAUUUGAGCAAUAAUGAAGUUCCAGGAAGUUCUGACAAAAGCAAGAAACAACUGCCUCAAAAUUCAACUUUGGAACAAGUUAAUGCUAGUAACGAUUUAAGAAAUGUUGCAGACAGUUCUGACAAAAGUAGGAAGCAGCAAAAAACCCCAAAACAACCACCUCAGACUUUAACUUUAGAGCAAAUUAAUGGGUCUGUGAUUAGAAACGAUGAAGUUUUUGAAAAUUCUAGAACCCGUUCCAAAAGCAGGAAGCAGCGUACACGAUCUAACUCAAAACAUUAUCAAUCUGUUAAUGAAUCUAUAAGAGACAAUGAAGCUCCUGAAAAUUCUAGAAACAGUUCCAGAACUAGGGAGCAACACACACAAUCUAACUCAAGACAUUAUCAAUCAUUGCAUGAUAAUGUCAAUGCAAUAUCCAAUGUAGAUAUCCAUAUUGAUAAUGAAGCUCCUGAAAAUUCUGGAACCAGUUCCAAAAUUAGGAAGCAGCGUUCACAAUCUAACUCAAAACAUUAUCAAUCGUUGCAUGAUAAUGUUGAUCCAAUGUCCAAUGAAGCUCCUGAAAAUUCUGGAACCAGUUUAAGGCUGCAAAAUAAAAGUAGCACCCAAAAUUCAACCUUGAAGCCUCUCGGUGUCAGAAACAGAUCUGAUAGUUGUAGUACAUCUAAUCAAGAAACGCAGCCUUUGGAGGAUGAAAUUCAAAACAGUGUGCCAACAAAAAGUACUAGGGGUAGGAAGAAGAAAAAUCAGGCUCCAAAGGAUGAAACUGAAAACAAUAAUAAUGCAACUAAAAAGCCUAAGAUAGGUAAAAAGAAAAAUGAACUAUCACAUAUUAAUGAGUCACCUAUUUUGCCUGAGCAAGAUGGCCGCAGACAACUAAGAGUACGCAAACCACCAAUUUACUGUCCAAUAAUUGACUUGGCCACUUCAAUAAAAUCAUACGCUUGGGAUCCGGCAUUAUUAAAAAAAUUAAAAAAAAACAGUACGGCGGCCAAAAUUGUUACAUCGUUCACAGCUAGCCAACCACAAAAGGGCCGAGGAUCAAGACUUACUAACCAAAUGCCAACUGUACAAGAAUCAUCUAGAGUUGAACCACCUGUGGAGAGUGAAAUACAAUUGCCACAAGACGAUCAACCAAAUGUAUCUGACAGCGUCCUAAUGCCGCCGCCAUCGACAAACUUUUUGAGGCCUCGCAACUGUGAGGAUUCAGAUUCUGGCUUUGCGUCCAUUUCGGUAAAGAAAAAAGCUCCAGGAAAGACUGGCUUGGGAGGCAAAAGGUCUACUAGAAGAACGAAAACAAUCAAAGAAGUUCCAGAACCUUGUUCUUCAUCCUCUAUUGAACCUCCUACUACUGAUUCUGUUCAAGGCCCAGCCCAAACUAGCUCCUAUAUGAACGAAACUGAAUCUAGAAGUGCCACAAACAGUCAAAAUCCUGAAGAAGCAGAUUCCUUAUAUCAAACAGUAGAUGGCAAAGUUUUCAAGACACAAUUUGUAUGUAGCGAGCCAAGCCAUCUAAACUAUACUUCAGUUGGUAAUUUAUUUGUAAAUGAAAUUACCAAAGUUCCAAAUAAUCAAUAUACUGUGGGUUACCUACGAAUAGGACAAGGAGAAUCGAAAAAGGUGGCCAAAAGUACAAAGUUUUCAUUUGUUUACGUAGUCGUUACUGGAGCUGCUGAAGUUACAGUGGAAAGUAAAAUUUGCAUAGUUAAUCAAGGAGGGUAUUUUUGGGUGCCAGUUGGUACUACAUACUCAAUUAAAAAUACUAGUUUGGAUUUGUACCUGGAAAUUAAUUUUACCAGGAUAAGGGCAGGGGCCGAUAAUCAAUAAUUUAUUUUCUUUGUUGUAUAUGUUUGUUUUAAACAAUUAUUUCGUUGAUAUUAGGUGUGUUGCCACAGAAAUCACAAGCCAGUCAUUGGUUGAAACUAGUUUUCUGACUGUUUUCAACCAAUGAAAUUUGCUCCGACUGGUUUGUGAUUUCUGUGCGAACAGACCUAGUGUUAAUUUCAUUAGAAGGGCAUUUUAUUAUUAUAAUUAUUAUUAUUAUGGCGAAUAAAGUAUUGAAGCCUUUCUGAGCUUAUAACUACAUAUUUGCAGACAAGAACUUCAUUUGAAAAAAUAAUAAAAUAUUCUUAGUAUAGUUUUCAAUUGUAUAAAUUACCAAAUAAUUUUUGUUAAGAAAUUGACCCUAUUCGAAAUAUGUAAGAUGUUUGUAUUAAAUUAAAUUUAUUUUUUAUGGAAAUAACAAGUUGGAGAGUUAAACUAUUGAAUAUUGCUUUUUAUGAGAAACUUUUUUGUUAAUUAUGAAAAAAUAUUCUCAUUAAAAAACCAGACAGAAGAUCUUGCAAGGAACCCCCUUUUUAGACAAUAAACCAG